AUGGCCGGUGAACUGAGCAGUGCGGUCUAUAUAGAUGACCGAGUCAAAACGGAGAGAUGGGUAUAUCGAAAUUCAAUUCAUGGACCUAGCGGGCGCCGGAAAAUCUCCGAUAUACUUACAGAAGAACCUGUAACGCUACAAACAAAUGUGCAAUCGUUGCUGGACGUGUGUUCGCAAAUCUACAUAUGCCAUUCCGGGCAAUCAUUUGCCACCACCUUAGCGGAAUUGAAUGAUCGAAGCGGUUCGGACUGCACACCUAUAUUUGCCUUUAUUGAUAUCGACUCGAACAGCGAGGCUGUGGCACUGCGUCGGCGGGAUGGACGAGAUUCAACAGGGAGCCUCGGAGUGGAAAAUAACGUUGCAUCGCUUAGGGGAUUUACAUUCUCUUCAGAAUCUGCCGAUUCUUACGGAGUCCAAUUGUUGGCUUUGUUAUCCUCCGAUCUGCAGUUACAAGAUGGUCCGAAACUCAUCAUUCCCAUUGCUCUUUUGCGAUCAACAGAAGAGAUUUCUUCACCCAAAGUUGAGGGAUGUUCGAAUGGCGAUUUACCAAUCAUCUCACCUACACAGCACAGCUUACUGGCACGUUGUCUAGAUGCGGGAGCUGUGGAUGUACUAUGUCAACCAUUACCCAAAACGCGAGUUCCAGGACUCAUGAUUCACGCCUAUCGAGUUCGACGUGCUGCUCAGAAAGAAAUGUCACGAUUCAUGUCUGUGAAGAAAUCGAGAAAACAGUCUUGGGUUGGUGUCCAUAAUGAAAAGCCAUAUGCUUAUUUGCGAGAAACUAUGGUCUCAAAGCUAAUGAAAUCGAUUUGCAACCCCGAAGACGUCAUCGAGGAAUUUCAAGAUGGCGACUUGACCGUUUCUGCCGAGCGCAAGCUGUUUGUGGAGCGCGCAAUUGGCGAAUGGGAGUUUCCCGCGCACGACUUGAGCGAGGAUGAACUUGUUCUUGCUGCCUGCUCUAUACUUUCACACACUAUGACAAUGCCGGAGGUUGAAUCCUGGAAAUUAACCGAUGGCGAGUUGCGCACCUUCCUGUUGGCUAGUCGGGCAGCCUAUAAUUCCUUUGUCCUUUACCACAACUUCCGCCAUGCAGUCGACGUUAUGCAGUCGGUCUUUUGGAUUCUGCUUAGAAUUGGCGCUAUCCCUCCUAUCAAUACUUCCAAUCCUGUUCCACCUGUCUCGAAGUCGAUGGUUGCAACUCUUAUAUCUCCUUUUGACGCCCUCACUCUUCUAAUAUCAGCAAUUGGACAUGAUGUCGGCCAUCCCGGUGUGAACAAUGUCUUUUUGGUUAAACUAAAUGCGCCUUUGGCUCAGUUGUAUAACGAUAGUUCUGUGUUGGAAGCAUUCCACUGUGCCGCCUUUUCCCAAAUCCUCCGUCGUCACUGGCCUGUCGCUUUUAAUGAUACUAACCUUCGAAAACUUCUUAUCAGUUCGAUUUUAGCAACUGAUAUGGGCGUGCAUUUCAAAUUUAUGGCACGAAUGACCGAACUACAACGGAAAUAUCACGAAAACGAGGGCUUAGAAGGCUGGAGCACACAAGAUCGUGAUACCUACAAAUCACUCAUGUGUGGAUUGAUCAUAAAAUGUGCUGACAUUAGCAACGUGGCUCGACCUUGGCAUAUCGCUGAAAGAUGGACCAAUAUUCUACAAGAAGAAUUCGCUCAUCAAGGUGAAAUGGAAAAGGGGGUAGGCAUGGAAACUGCUCUCUUCGGUGGACCGCCUGAAUUAGGUAACAUUCUCAAGCUUGCCACGGGCCAAAUCAACUUCAUGACCAUAUUCGCCUUACCACUCUUUGAAGGAGUUGCCGAUCUUUGUCCACAAAUGAACUAUACUGUUGAACAGAUCAAGCUUAAUAGGUCAACAUGGCAAGAAAUUUCUGAUCGUGAAAAGCGGCGAAAUUUGGAUGUUCCCGGUAUCGACUCGGAUGAACAACGCUCCCCACGGUCUCUCAGCCCCGCAAAGUCAGAUACAUACCCGGUCUCAGCAGUACAGGAAAAUGAUAUCGGAACGACAGAGGGACUGAACGCCCAGAUUACACUGGACCAACCUCCUGAUGAUUUGAUUUCUGCACCAUCGCCCGUGACUCAAAAGAAGAUCGCAGAGGGCCAGGUGGACCUAACUCAAACCACCGUUGCGGGUUUCCGAACGUUUGCAAACAACGAUGAUAAUAGCCAUUCAUCUGAAUCCCCAUCAGGCGCUGGUGAUAGCAGUAAUACGGGCGACUCGUCGGAUGCAACCAUUGCAACUCAUAAUGGCAUCCACUAUAGGGGUGUGUCUUGUUCUUCAACACAUGCAUCCCGCCCUUCAAGCUCCUACGGCAUCGGCCGAGACACGAGAACACAAAGUGCAAGUACUUGUGCAAAUACAGUCGAAACCCCUGUAUCCCCAGCUACAAAUGCAACGAGUUUUGUCACAGUUGAUAGCAGUGAUGAGAAGGAUGUCAAUGGGAGUGGUCUCAGCAGUAAAAGCGACGUCUAUCCGCUCGACGACGACAACCACUCGCGCCCAUCAUCCUCGGGACUGUAUGCCGUUUCAGACAGGCAUCAAUUGGAGUCAAACGGCCAUUACAUUCCCCAAAAACCUCGUUCGUUUCAUCAAUUGGAGGAAUUGAGUAAACCCCAUCACAUGAUGACAGCCAUUCUGGGAAACGCGCUUAACAGUCGAGGCUCUUCUCCAAUUGAAUAUGAUAACUCGAAGAUGGAUAUACAAAACACAGACGACGAGUCAUCCAUACCUUACAAUCGAACGAUUCCACGGAAAAAAAGUCGCCUUCGAUUGGCUUUUUGGAGACGAAAAACCCAGUAUCAACAACAGGCUGAUAACGGAUACUGA